UAGAACACCAUCUAACAAGUACCACCGGAAUUCUCGACAGCAGUAGUCAGCAGUUAUGGCGUCCAGUGCUGCGACCCGAACUGCGGCCAAAGUUGUUAAGCCAAUUUUUAGCAGGGACUUGGACGAAGCAAAACGCAGAGUCCGGGAGCUUUACCGAGCCUGGUACCGAGAAGUCCCUAACACGGUGGCGAUGUUUCAGCUGGAUAUCACAACACAACAGGGCCGAGAAAAAGUGAGGGAAAUGUUCGACAAAAACAAACAUGUCACUGACCCCCGUAUGGUUGACAUGUUAGUCAUUAAGGGGAAAAUGGAACUACAGGAGACCAUCCACGUAUGGAAACAGAAGACGCACAUUAUGCGAUACUUCCAUGAGAGUGAGGAACCGCGUGCCACUGACUUCCUGUCCAAAUUCUACAGAGGUCAUGAACCCUGAACUUUUGCUUACCUUAGACCCUUUUUUUGCUCGUCUUCAGUGGCAGAUGUUCCCUUUUACUGUAAAUAAACACUUAACAUUAAUUCUUGUCAAAGUGUCUGUCAAAAAAGCUUUUAUCAGAAUAUUUUAAAGGAGCUAUUAAUCACGCUGCAUAUGUGUUUGGAAUUUGGGUGGGAACAGGAAAGCCGACGCCUGGGAUUUAAACUUUGAUCUCACUUAAUGUGUUUUAUCUAUAACUGUGUGGAAAGACUAUAAAAAUAUAAUUUGUCCAUUUUUCCAGUCAAAAUUAAUUUGAUGUCUGCUGCGCUCGAUGGCAGUGAAUGAAUUAACAUUGAUAGCAUCCUUUUGUGUUAUUUUGUCUCGUCCUUAUACAUUUAAUAUACAGUAUUUUAAUGGCGUUCGGAGAGUAGAGAUGUUGACGCCUGCCAUUGUAGUAGUGAUGAUUGUUUAACCCCCUAUUGACCAAAUUACUUUUUUGGUAAUAAAAAAAUAAAUAAAACAACCCCUAUUAAAACGUGGCAUUCAUAUGCAGAGACGUCACCUUUUGAGUUAUGUAGGCCACAAUUAUUUUCCAUUCAUUUUUAUUCGGUUAUUUUUAUAUGGAAAAAAAAACCUAUUAAAAUGUUAUUAAAACCUCAAUGCUAGAUGUCCGAUUUAAACAGGGACAACUGGCUAUAAAGGCUUAUCUUUCCAUGCCAUUGACGGUGCUCGGCGUCCAAUACAUUUUGACUUCAAAAUGAUUAGGAAUUCGAGCGCUGUCAAUGGUAGCCAAUGAGUUCGCUGUUAAGGGUUAAAAGAAUUACAGCAUGUUAUCAAAAAUCUUUAUUAGAUGCAAAGACAACAAUACGUGGGCUUUUUCAGGGUCAAUGUUUGUAAUAAAAAAUAAUGCUGACAAGGGUGGAGGCAUGCUGGAAAAGCUCUGACUCAUCCGUAGAUGUAAAAAUCAAAUCUGUAAGAAAAAGAAAAGAUCAUUUGAAAAAAAAAUGGCUGUGCUUAAUAAUUGUCAAGACAUGACUUUAGACGACAAAUAUAUAUUUGUUCAUCUUUCUGUGUUACUCAUGUUUAGGUCAGUGCCUGUCAGAAUAUUUCAGUCGUCUUCCACUAGAUGGCAGAAGGAACAAUUUACCUGUUGCCGUUCAAACGAUACUGUAAUCGCUUGAAUAACUUUUUUGGCAUCAAUUUGAUCUAGCAGUAUAAAUUGAGGGUAAACGUAUUAGUUACAGACUGAGUGUUUAUAUGUACGUGAUGUCAUUCAACGCAUCAACUACCUGGCGCCAAUAUACUUGAUUUUCUUGGUUCAAUCAUCGUCGUCGUCGUCCUCUGGGACAAAGAUGUCGUGUUCCUCCAAGAGCUCGGCAAAGUUCUUGCUGAUUCGAGUCCCCACAUACAAGAAGGGCACCACUACCGCCGCAAUCCGCCAAAUGCCGAAUGGGGUCUGCUCCCCGGUGUUCCGCAGCCCACCAUAGAAACAAUUCGGUUAGUUCACGUCAGUAGAGGUAAACAUGAACUCAUUCCCUGGUCGUGUCAAUGAAACAUCCAAUACAUGUAGAUUAAACGCAGCCUUGUAGGAACGCUCACCUUUUUGGGUUUGGGCAGAAUGGCCCCAGAAGAAGAGCACACAGCCGUUCGGCGCGCUGUCACGGUGGUUACCGGUGAUGCGAGGACGUUUUUGAGAGCUGAACCCCAACCAAAACGACCCAAGGCCGACGCCAUGAUAAACCGCGUUUGGAUGAAGCACGGCAGCAAUGCGGAACAGCCACGUUCAGAAUUUGAUGAGUCAACAGCGCCACCCAGCGCCGAUAUAAAGGGACAGUAAAGGUAGGCGUGCAAAUUCUUGUUAAAUGCAUUUUAGAUUACGUUGGCUCUCUUCACAAAGUUAUAUUUCUUCUAAAUGACCUAUUUGAAGAUUUGUGGUAAGCAAUUCAUGAAUACUGCUUAAAAUUUACGCCGUUUCCGUAGCAAUGUUGUCAUCUGCGGAGGUUGAAGUGAGUCCAGUGUUGUUAAUUUUACUUUAA